AUGAAUGAUAAGAAGGGUAAGGGGAAAUUCCAUGGAAAGCCAUAUGAUGACAAGAAGAAACAAUCUGGUUAUGGCAAGAAGCCAAGUGGCGGAGGAUCUAGUGCUUCGAUGAAGUGUUUUAAAUGUGGUGUUGAGGGACAUCGUGCUGUUGAUUGUACCAAGGUUGAGGUAACAUGUUUCAAGUGUGGCAAGGCUAGUCAUAAGGAAAAUAAAUGUGGAAAUGGUUCGAGUGUGACUUGUUACAAUUAUGGUGAGCAAGGGCAAGUUAGUACCCAGUGUGACAAACCGAAGAAGGAGCAAGUGAAGGGAAACGUGUUUGCAUUGUCUGGUGCUGAGGCUACUACUGAUGAUAGGCUAAUCCAAGAACAACUGGAUGUGAUUUUGGGUAUGAAUUGGUUGGAGUUUAAUCGCGUGUAUAUAAAUUAUUUUGAUAAGACGAUUAUUUUUCCUGAGAUUGGUGUUAAGGAAGAUUUGUUUUUAUCUGCUAAGCAAGUUAAUGAAUCUAUGCAAGAUGGUGCGAAGUUGUUUAUGUUGUUGGCAACCUUAGAUGUGCAUGAAAAGAGAACAGUUGAGGAAUUGUCAAUAGUUUGUGAUUUUGUAGAGGUAUUUCCUAAAGAUGUGAGUAAUUUACCGCCGGAGCAUGAAGUUGAGUUUUCGAUUGAUUUAGUUCAUGGAACUAGUCCUAUAUCGAUGGCUCCAUAUAGGAUGUGUUUACAAGGUAUUAGAAUUCCGAAAGGUUACUCAUCAAACAUCAAGAAACUUGUAUCAAUGAAAGAUAUCAAGUUAAUUGGUUUAAAAUCUCAUGAUAGUCAUGUAUUGAUGCAACAACUUCUACCAGUGGCUAUCCGUGGAAUCCUACCAAAGAAUGUGAGAGUAACUAUAACGAGAUUGUACUUAUUCUUCAAUUCCAUAUGCAAUAAAGUUCUUGAUUUCAAAAAGUUAGAUGAAUUAGAAGAUGAGGCUGCCAUAAUCUCGUGUUAA